CAUCUGCACCAAGCCACAGAAACAUAUCUGCACUUACAUCAGAAGAAAUAAACUACCUACGAUUAUCGAAUUUGAUACUUAGAGUGGCUCCACAAGCUGUAAAAAAAGUUUGACAAAGAGUUGGAUCCUGCAGUAUUACAGAAAACACUCUAUCAGAACAAAUUGAAAGUGAUAGAGCCACUGAAAAACAAGAGAUAUAUCAGUAAAGUUCAGUGGGAUUUACUCUUUCCAAUUUCAGGGUCGGCAUGUUCAACAGCAUUCGAUUUGACUUAAAUGGUUUGUCUAAUAAGAAAUCUGACAACAAUGGCAAUAGGAGAUGCAUUACCAGUCGCUUCAGAUACAAGUCCAGGGGCUGAUUUAUCCAGGCUAAAACAUUACAGGAACAAGAUAGUUCACUGUGAAGUUGGUAUACUAUCAGACAAAGAGUUUGAAGAGUGCUGGACCGAAAUAUGUCAGGCAAUAAUAAGAUUAGGUGGUACAAGCUUUGAGCAAAGAUGCUCUGAUUUGAAGGUCAGCAGAAUGAACGAUAGUGAUAAAGAAAUAUUGAAAGAACUAAGAAAUCAAGAGAGAUCCAGUGAUCCUGUUCCAAAAGGUGUAAGAAGAAUAAACUGCGAACUUAUUGAAGACUGGGGAAAAGGAAAAGUAGCGGAAACUAGAGCUAUCAAACGCAUAGCUGAGCUGAUCGAAAAGAAAUUUUGUGAUGGCAGUGGGAUCAUCGGGAUGUGGUAAAUCUACUUCAAUUCAUUACGUGGCUCUUCAACUAUACCAUAAGCAGGGUUAUGAUAUAAAACCUGUACACAGCCCGGAGGAAGUGAGACAUUAUUAUAAUCCUGAGUGUAAACAAGUUUAUGUAAUAGAUGAUAUAUGUGGGAAAUCUACCAUUGAUAUAAAUCUUGUUAAUUGUUGGGAAAGACAAUUAACUGAAAUCCAAAAAAUAUUAAAGGUUCAACAGGUUAAAAUUCUAUCAUCAUGUAGAACUCAUAUUUUCCAAAAUCGUCUAUUCAAAAAGCUUUCUUCUUUCUUCUCAAUAUCAUGUGAUUUGACAUGCGAUUAUAGAUUGACACGUGAUGAAAGAAAGGAAAUUGCUAGUAUUUAUUUAACAAAAGAUGAAAUAAAACUGAUACAUGGAACCGUAUUUACAGACCAAUUUGACUUCUUUCCUCUUCUUUGUAACAUUUUUUCAACGCAAAAAUUGUCGAAUAUUCGUGUUUUUUUUUUUAAAUCCUGUGCAGGUUGUUAGAGAUGACUUGACUCUUUUAAUGAACGACAAUGAUCAAAAAACAAUUGCUACCCUUAUGCUUUUUACCGUUUACAACAAUACUAUAAACGAAACUUUAUUAUCUGGGACCUCAGGUAUAACACAGGUUCUGGAAACUAUUUCAGAUAAUUUCCAUUUGCAACAAUGCUUUUCAAUUCAAUGUGUUAAAUCAGAGCUGGAUAAUUUGAACCGUUCUUACGUUAAAAAGAUAGGACAAAUCUAUAGGGUUCAGCAUGACAAAUUAUAUGAAAUUUUAGUAUUGUACUUAGGUGAAUACAAGUUCGACCUUUUACUUGAUCUUGCCCAUACUGAUAUUAUACGUGACAUGUUUCUACUACAAUCUUAUAAUGAAACAGAACAACAUAAUGUAUACUACGUCAAACAUUUUAUAGAUAUUCAAGAACAGAACGAAUCUAGCUAUUUCAGUCGUCUAAUAAGAGAUGUAAAUGAUGGGUUUGUACAAAAUGUUAUGAAUAAUAAACAAAUGAAGUAUCCUAGCUUUCGCCACAAAAUUUCUGAAAAAAUUAAAAGCGAUUUAAACUUUAUGGAUGUAAUUAGAAACCUUCCAAUAGAAACAGUAUCCUCAUUGUUACAAUCAAUGAUUUGUCACAACUUUUGUGACAUAGUUGCCAUUUUGGUGGAUUAUAUUGAUUUAGAUAUUCACGGGUUGAUUGCUUUGAACAUUGCAACAGAAACAGGAUCUACUAGUAUUGUGAAAUAGUUAUUAGAUCGUAAUGUUGCUCCUGAAGAAAGUAAUACUGUUCAAAGAGGAAAUAAAAUAACUUCCCUAUUUGUAGCUUCAGAAAAGGGUUAUACUGAAAUUGUAAAAUUACUGCUUGAACAUGGAAGCAAUCCUAGUAAAACUGUUUGGAGAAGAAAUGAAAAUACUCCUUUGUAUGUCGCUUCAGAAAAUGGUUAUAUUGAUGUUGUAAAAUUAUUACUAGACUAUGGAAGUGAUCCGAAUAUUAUUAUUGAUUGCAGACUUUCUAGUGAAUACAUUCCCUUGAUAAAUAAGCCAUCUUCAAUGAUAUAUCAAGAAAACAAAUCGGCUAUUCAUGCAGCUAUUGCAAAAGAUCGUUCUGAGGUCGUUACAGUUUUGCUAAAUCAUAAAGCAGACCCUAAUAUUAAUGGUUGUGACGGAACUCCUUUGUACUUGGCUGUAGUGAAAAGAAAUACCGAAUUUGUAAAAUCGUUGUUGAUUCACAACGCAGAUCCUAAUAAUAGCGGCGAUGAUAAAAACAAACCUCCUCUAUGUAUAGCUUCAGAAAAUGGAGAUAUUGAAAUAGUCAAAUUGUUACUUACUCAUAAAGCUGAUCCUGAUAUCACUUUUCGUUGGAACAAAAGGUCAUCCCUACAUUUUGCUAUAGAAAAUGGUCAUAUUGAAAUUGUACACUUAUUAUUAUUUCAUAAUGCAAAUCCUUAUUGCUUCGAUGUGCACAAUAAAACACCGAUUUUUAUAUCCCUACAAAAAGGACAUAAAUUUAAAAACCUUUCGAUAACGAUAAUACAAAGCCUGCAAUCGGUUCCUGUUCAAUAUAUGUGUUCAACUCUGUUGUAUCUUUUUUCUAAAUAUGGUGCAACUGAUAGGUUUAAAUCCAUUUUAGAAAAGGAAAAUGUUGAUGUUAACGAUAAUAGUCUAAUUGAGUAUAAACAAACAGCAUUGUUUAUCGCUUCAAAGGUAGGCCAUUAUGAUGCUGUUUCUUUACUAUAAGACCAUAACAGUGAUCCUAAUGCUAAUAUGUUUAAUGAAACACCGCUGUUAAAAGCAUCACAGAUGGGUCAUGCUCAUAUUGUAAAGUUACUUUUAGACGCAAAAGGUGAUCCAAAUAUCUUCAGUGAAAGCGGGAAAACACCUAUAUAUAUGGCGUCUAUGUUAGGUCAUAAGGAAAUUGUAAAAUUGUUGUUAGAAAAGAACUGUGAUCCUAAUAUCGUUGAUAUGAACGAUGAAACGCCUGUUUUUAUAGCUACGUCAAACGGUCAUGCCGAAAUUGUAAAACUGUUGUUAGAAAACGGUUCUCCUUAUACUUGCAAUAAAUUUUACCAAACACUACUCCAUGAGGCUUCGUAUCACGGUCAUUAUGACACUGUGAAAAUUCUGUUAGAACAUAAUUCUGACCCGAAUAUCAGUAACAAAGAAAAUGAUAGUCCUCUCUAUACAACAUCAAUCGAAGGCCAUAGAAAGAUUGUACAUUUGUUAAUAAAGCACAAUUAUGACCCUUGCUUUCGAAAAUGGUAUCACAAAACCCCUUUGUGUAUAGCUACAUAUCUUGGUCAUACAGAGAUUGUAAAGCUGUUACUGAAAUUCAAUACCGAUUCAAAAUUGCAAAAAAGAAUAUUUUUAGAGCACAACAAUAAUUCAAUAAUGUUUAAUAUUCAAACACCACUCCUUCUUGCUACAUGGGCAGGAUAUAUUGAUAUUGUUAAGUUAUUCUUAGAACAUAAAUGGGAUCCAAAUAUUGCAAACUAUGAUAAUCAAACACCGCUCUUUCUAGCUGUUUUUAGAAAUGAUAUUGAACUGACGAAAAUAUUACUUGAAUAUAAGAGUAAUCCUAACAUUUGUUCUAAUGACAAUGAAACACCUCUUACCGUAGCUUCAGUGCACGGUUUUACGGAAAUUGUUAAACUUUUAUUAAUAAAUAACUGUGACCCUAAUUUAACAGAUAAACGCAGAACAACAGCCAUGUAUAUUGUCUCAGAUAAAGGUCACAUCGAUACUGUGAAACUAUUGUUAGAAUUCAAAAGUGAUCCAAACAUUUGUAAUGUUUUAAAUGAAACGCCGCUCCACAUUUCGUCAUAUCAUGGUCAUGUUGAAAUUGUGAAAUUAUUAUUAGCCAACAACUGCAAUCCUAACAUUUGUAAUUCAAAAAACGAAAAAUGUGUAGACAUAGCAAUACGAAACGGGCAUAAAGACAUUUUGGCUUUGUUACAAAAAAGGAAUACAGAUUCCAAAUAACGGCCUUUAAGUAUCAUGCUUAUAUUUGGUAAAUUUAUCUGAUAAAAACGUUUGAAGGAAAAUAUUUGUGCAAGUUAAUUUUUUAAAGCUUAAUAAAACGUAGUCACUGUUUCCAAAAGAUGCUAAUUACUUAUCUUUUUUAAUUCAAAUGCUAUUUCUUUUUAGAUUAUUUUUCUACAUUACCUAGAAGCAAGACGACUGUCUUGCUUCAUUUUUGCUUCAUUACAAUGUUAUGCAAUUUUCUUUUGGUCGUAUCUAUUAUCACUUGUUAUGGUACAUAUAUAGAUUUGAUAUCAUCAGGUCUUAUACCUAGGGAUUACGUUCAAUCACUAUCAUUAUCACUUUUGAACACCAGUAUACUACUGUUGCCUUUAUUCAGCAUCUUAAGGGGGGUACAGAACACCUAAGGAAGAUAACUCUUACUCAUAGUCUGUUUCAUUGCAGCGUUUUAAAAUCACAUGCAAUAUGCAAGAUUUUAAAAGAUCCAUAUCAGAAUGCUUACAUUGUUGCCAAGAGCAGAUGUACACCUAUUGUUAUUCAAUUAAUCUUUUAAUCCAUUUAUAGUAACACAUUUUCCAUAAAUGAAUCUUCAGAGACCAAACAGGAAAAUUUCAAAGCAAAAUGAAUUUAAAAAAGAAAAAAUCGAAAAGCAGGAGGUCAGAUUUUUUCAAAUGGGCAAAUGAAGGAAAACAGAAGGACCCAGACGUAUUUUGCAUUUUAAUGACCACUACAACUAUAUUCAUAACUUCAUUGAUAUAGCAGCAGAGACUGAGGUUAUUGAUCCCCUUUAUGGGAAACCACAGUCCUAGGUUGUGCCUACUUGUGGGGAGAAGAAUAGUUGAACUAGAUCUGCUUGCAUCAGGCAUAAUAUGUACUGUUUGAUUUGCAAGUCCCCUCUCCACCUAUCCAAUACAGUAGGGGAAAAGUUAUUUGGGCUUAGCGGCGUUGUAAUGAUCUCCCCUACUCCUAGGAAGGAAAAAUGGGCUCACGAAAGAGAAAUGACUUUGUGCGGUCUAUAACGAAUCCAAAAGGUAUGCCUGUGCUGUCCUAAACUUUCUAUGAAAUUAUCAGAAUGACUCCAAUCAGAAGUCUGAGUAUCCUAUUGUUAUAGUUAGUCUGACUCUAUAUAAUUACCACGUUUUUGUUUUAGAUACACAGAGAGGGUACACAAUUAACUCAUGUUUAUAUCAACAGAAAGUAAAAAUGCCUAACAAUAAAAUUAUAACCAAAUAAAAAAAUAAACUGAGGACAAUUCUGCUUCUAUUCGUACCAGAAUUGAUCAAAAUCAAACCAGAAUUGACUCCACGAUAUACUCUUUUUGAAAACCGUAGUUUUGAAUGAAAUACACUUAGAAGCGUAAAAUUGUAGGUUACGAAUAAUUUAUAUAUGACAUGUGAAUUUGUGUGUUGAAAAACGCUGGCAUGUUUGUUUUUUAUGCAAUUUAAAAUUUUAGGACAUGAUUUAUAUACAUAUAAAAAGUAAGAAGAUACCAAUGGGAUAAUCGACCCAAUAGUAAUAUUGCCAAUGGCAAUAGUGCAUCAUUUACAAUUACAAGUCGAGGAACAAAGACAACAACAACAACAAAAGAAAACCAUCAGAUUCAGUCCACAAAACAUUACACAGAAACUAAGAAUUGAGCACUCUAACAUGUAUCUCAAUAAGAAAAAACUAUGUCAUUCAACUCUCAGUUUUCAACUUUACCUUGACAGGUGUAGAAAAUAAACAGGUGUCUUCUAUUCCGUUCGCAAUUUUUGGGGAAAGUAAAAUAUAAAUUUAGAACCAUGGUUGAAACUGAAAGUACACAUGUAUGAUAAAAAUAGAACAUGUUAUUUCUGCUUUAUCAAAUUCUAAUUUCGAAGGGAUAGCAAAAUUUUUUUCCUUUUAUUGUGCUUUUGUGUAUCUUUCCGAAGUAGUGAAUGCAAUUUUGAAGUAAAGUUUUUCUUCUCAAGUCUAAAUUCAAGAUUAUGACUGAAUAGAGUAUAAGCGGGCCAAAAAAGUAAUGUGACACUUGUUACUGCAAUUUGAUAUUUGGUGGAACGAGAGGUGAAAUGAGUUAAGACUUACAUCUUAAAAGCAUUUUAAAGACUUAUUUGUUUUAAUCUAGUAACCUCUGCAGAAAUACUAUCAAAUUCUAUGUUUAACGAACUUGAUUAUACAUGAGAUUAUCGCACGGUCAGCUCUAUUCUAUCACCUAGUUAAAAUUUUCAAGAGCCGUGGUUCUUUGCACCAAUGGAUUCGUCAUUCAUUUUUGAAUCGUAUAUCAUUUGCUUUUUUAAAUCUGUGGACCAACAAAAUAGAAAAUCUUGAUAAUGUAAAAAUAUCUGCCGAUUUUUAUGAUUUUCCCUAUGUAUCCUUUGUAUUUUUGGCGUCUCAUGCUGUUAAUUUCAACAGCUCGUAUCUCAAAAACGAAAACGGUUACCCCCUUUUUAUUUUAUUUUCUGGUGUACUUUUACAAGCAUAAUCCGUAUGUGAAAUUUUUAAACAAAUCUGUGGAGUAGUUAGUUACGUACACUUUGUCUUAAUAGAAACUAUACCUUUUUUAAUUUUUUAUGGAACUACAUGUAUUUUUUGUCUUGAUAGCAGAUAAUUUUAUGUAAAUUGUAUGCAUGGAAUUUGUUGAUAUGUCAUAAUGUGUGUCUGUAUUGUUGUAUGGUCGAUUUAAAUAGCUCAUUAGAGCUUGUGUAAUAUGUAUUUGUUUACUAAAUAUCGACUCUAAAUAAAACUUUGAAUUCAAUUGAAUUGAAUUAACAAGCCAAAUAUCUCAGGCCUAGGUCAAAAGACAACAAGUCAUGGCCUGCUCCAGUGUUUCUUGCCAAAAAUACAUUUAUGGUUCUCAAGGUCAAAGUUCAAGGUCACAUGAAGGUCAUAAUUGUAAGGGGGCACACCAAUUCAUGAUGAUACAUCCACAUGCCAAAGAUGUAAGACCUAGGUCAAAAGACGAAAAGGUUAUGGCCUGGUCGUUUUUUCUGCGAAAAAGUACAUUACGUUGACCUUGAGGUCAAAUUUGAAGGUCACAUGAAGGUCAUCAUGAUACAGGACACUAAACCUCAUGAUGAUACAUCUACAUGCCAAAUAUCUAAGGCCUAGAUCAAAAGACAAACAAGUUAUGGUCCAUAUGUACUAUCAGAAUGGAUCUUGCUCUUAUUAAUUGAGGGUAGGGGUAUAUUCUAAACUUUAAUAGAAAAAAAAUCUGGUGGUUAAAUUUUUAUACAUUUUUGCAAGAAUAACAGACUGAUAUAGAACUACAGAUGGUUUGUUUUAAAAAGAAAUUAAACGACACAUUUUUUAUUUAAAUUUUCUUCUUCAAAUACUUGACCCAUCAUAUAUAGUCAUUUUUGGGGGCUGAAUCUGAGACCCCCCUUUUUUAGUUCGGACAAAAUUUAAAUCCAGAAUAAAAAACUUACAAGUAAAGGGUGUCUGUGAACUAAAAUUCGCCUCCGUUAUUACUAUAAACUAUGUUAUUGUCAAUUUAGGAUUAAUUUUAAAAAAUGUUAACAUAUAUACCCCUAUACCCAGAUUUCUGAAACUUCCAAGCUUGGCCUAUGUUAGCAUGUAAAAGAUGCCAUAUUUGAGUUGCCAAAUCUUUUAAACCAAUGGUUCAAAUCUUUUGAAAUGUUUCUAAUAUGUUUAGCUAGACCUAGUACAUCAAUGCGAGAAAAACAAGAAAAAUUUAACGACAGGUUUUUUUGGGGGUAUAGUGUUGGGUACCCCCUAAAAUAAGAUAAUAUUUUAAAUUCGUUUUUAUUAUAUUGUAUAUUGGUAUUAUAGAUUUGAUAGAUAUUAGAACACAUUUUGAUUUAAUGUUCCUCUAUGUUCCUUGUGUAAUUCACCUAACCGAGAGAACAUGAGCGGUAGAGAGAUGAAAAAAUGACUAAUACUCAUGUUUAUGUAUUUGCCCUAUGUCUUAUGAUGUCAAUGUGAUAUAAUUGAUUUGUUCUGCUUUUAAGGAAAUUUAGUGUUGAUGACAUAUCGAUGACAGUUGAAACUAUGAGCUAUUUAGAGCUUUGCCUAUUGUUUAUAAUUUUCAGGGUUAUAAAGACCCUUUGUUUACCUCUAGAUAUCAAACUUUAUUUUUAUUUUCGUCUCUCAUUAACGUCCACCCAUACAUUCCCCUGUAUUUGAAUUUAGUGGAUUAGCUCCGGUUCCGCCCACUAUGCAUUACUAGUAGUUUGUAUCGAAUUUUUGUUGUAUUCUUAUCAUAAUAAUUAUUUACUUUAACUGUAUUAAUGAUUUAAUGUUAAAAGUUCGAUUAAAAUGGUGUUUUCUUUUGAUUCAUCCAAUUUGAUAUUUCCCUUGUACGAACUUUGUAAGUUUACGAAUUGGUUCAAGAAUUCUAAAGGAAAUAGACAACCAAAGCAUAUGUAUUAACAUUUAGUUUGAUGUGUACUUAGAAUUUGAGUUUUCAGAAAAUUUUACCAAAAAUAUGUCGACAGAUUUCGUAACUGAGAUAAAAAAAAAAAAAACGUCAAAUACUUUCCACUGUUUUUAUAUUUCUAUUUUCCUUUAAAUUCAGUAAUUGUUUUUCCAUUAAAAAUGACUUGUAAAUCAAGAUUAAAGAAUAGACUACAUUUUUCUAUGAUGAGUUUUUGUAGAUGUAUUUCUUUGUAUAGUGUGGAUCACUUUAUUUUUCAUCAUUUUGUACCAAUAAAUGAUUGUUUUGUUAUAAA